UCAGACUUUUUCUCGUCUGUGCACAGACCACGUGGUCUAUGAACACGACAACUCCCACUUCCUGUCGGGGGGAGUCACACAGGUACCGGGUAGUAUGUAUAUGUGCUGCCAGGCACUCAAAGACACUGAACUCUCAGCUUGAGGCAGAACUCAGCACAUUUGUGCAGGGGAAUCCAUGCCUCAUGCCACUCUUCAGUUUGCUCUGGGUGUUCCUGGCCUUCACCUUCUCUGGAUCUGGUGUGGCCCAGAAAGUUACUCAAGACCAGCCAUACAUAACCAGUCAAAUAGGGCAAUCUGUCAUUCUGAACUGUCGGUAUGAACUAAGGAGGAGUGGGUACACACACUACCUUUUUUGGUACAAGCAGCUUCCCAGUGGAGAGAUGACUUUCCUUAUUCGUCAGGAAUCUUCUGGCCGGAAUGCAAGGAAUGGCCGCUACUCUGUAAACUUUGAGAGAGCACAGAACUCCAUCAGCCUCACCAUUUCAGCCUUACAGCUGGAAGACUCCGCAAAGUACUUUUGUGCAGUCUGGGAACUCACAGUGCUUGAAGUAAUGGGAAAAGCUGUACAAAAACCCCAGACCUUAAUAAAUGAGAGCCCCCCUGCUGCAAGACCCCAGCUGAAAUGCACACCUGCAGACCUCAGACAAGAAAUGGUAGUCCUGCGGUUGUUUCAUCUGUGGUCUGGAUCAGAGGAUUUAAUUUUAAACAAAAACUCCUUCCAUGUCAUUUGGAAACAGGUGUCCAGAGUAACUUUCUACUAA